AAUAAUAAUUGAUCAUUAUUACCUAGCUACCUAUAUAUAACUACAGCCCACCUUCUGAUGGAAAUCGCUUUCUGACAUAGUACGCUUCGAAAAUCCCGCGAUUAGAAGCUCCGAGAAGGCCAGCGCGCCAAUUGUGAUCAUGUCGGAGCUGCGCCAAAGGCCCGUCCCGCGCGAUUCGAAAGCAGAAUCGACCAGCGUGCCGAAAGCCAAGAGGGGAGAUAAGGACAGCGAAGGAGGUAUCAGUCUUUUGGAUGUGAUCCGUGUCAUAGUCACGCUGGUCGUCGGAUCGUGCGCUCUGUCGUACUUCGUGACGUCGUCCGAGUCGUUCUUAUGGGGCUAUCGGCCGUGGUUUACGAGAUGGCCGGUGGUUCUUAGCUACUUGCGAGGACCCGUCCUCCUGAACCCUGAGCAGCUCUCGCUCUACAAUGGCACUGAUACUUCCUUGCCUAUCUACGUCGCCGUCAAUGGCACGAUCUUCGACGUCUCUGCCAACCCUGUCGUCUAUGGACCCGGCGGCAGCUACAACUUCUUCGCCGGUCGCGAUGCCACACGGGCUUUCGUUACGGGCUGUUUCAAGGAGGAUCUGACUCCGGAUCUCGAGGGCGUGGAGGAGAUGUACAUCCCGAUCGACGACCCCGAGGAGGACGCGAAGCUGUCCAGUCGCGAGCGGAAGCUUCAGCGGGAGCAGGAUGUCAGGAAAGCGAAGGCGAUGGUCAAGGCACAGGUGCAGCAUUGGGAGAACUUUUUCCGGAAUCACAAGAAGUACUUCGAAGUAGGGAAAGUCAUCGAUGUACCGCCUAAAGCACCUGGAGAAGGGAAGAGGGAGCUUUGCGAAGCGGCAAAGCGGGCGAGGACGAAGAGAGGGGAGCAGGCGAAGGGCAGACAAAGGAACCAGUAAGAUCGGACAGCUCCGAUUCCCCUCUCCCUUUCAUUAUAAAAGUACAUAUCCUACAUGGGCUGGCGUUUUUUGAAUAGUUGUGUGCAUGUGUAUCAGAAAGAGCCAAGUGUAGUUUGCAUCUACGGGCAGUUGAGGAUCGAGUUUAAAGAAGAUAU